AUGGAACCAGGUAACAAUACACAAUUUUCUGAAUUUUUUCUUCUGGGAUUCUCAGAAGAUCCAAAAUUGCAGCCCCUCAUCUAUGGGCUUUUCCUCUUCAUAUAUCUGAUCGCUGUGUUUGGAAACCUGCUCAUCAUCCUGGUCACCAUCUCUGACUCCCACCUUCACACUCCCAUGUACUUCUUCCUCUCCAAUUUGUCCUUUGUAGACAUCUGCCUCACCUCCACCACCAUCCCAAAGAUGCUGCACAAUAUUGAGAACCAAAGCAAAGUUAUAACCUAUGAAGGCUGCAUCGUCCAGGUGUAUUUUUACAUAUUCCUUGCAGGAGUAGAUGACUUCCUCCUGACAGUGAUGGCCUAUGACCGCUUUGUGGCCAUAUGCCAGCCCCUGCACUACACAAUCAUCAUGAACCCUCGGCUCUGUGGACUGCUGGUAUUGGUGCCCUGGAUGGUGAUUGUCUUAUUAUUUUAUUCUACAAGUCUUGGAGUGUACCUUAGCUCUGCUGCUACACACAGCUCACACUCAAGUGCAACAGCCUCCGUGAUGUUCACUGUGGUCACACCCAUGCUGAACCCAUUCAUCUACAGUCUGAGGAACAAAGACAUAAAGAGAGCUCUGAAGAGAGUCUAUGGAAUAGUAGGUACAAAAAUUUGGUCUGCAUCAAUAAUUCAGAAAGGAACUUGGACUUCUACAGGGAAAGCCUUCUCUCUCAAUCUGCAGGCAGGUGAGAGCUCCAUAAUUCACACAUUUCAGGAGAAGGUCAGAGAGGAUGGAAUCCAGGAACAUGUACCUGAUGUCACUGAGGACCAAUCUAGCAUAGUCCAGAGGCCAGAGGUCACUGCAGUUAUUUUCCAGCUUUCCUAA